AUGGUAUCAUCAGUAUCCUUAUCCUCUGCUUUGAGUAUCAGCAAUACAAAUAAUAAAACUUCUUCUUCUUCAUCCUCUCUGCACACGGAGAGAAAACAUAUAAUUCAUCCUCGUCAUCAACAUCAUCAUCGUCAUCGCAACCAACUGUGCAACCAAAGAAGACACAUCAGAAGAAGAAGAAAACAAGGAGUGUGUUCGGCUGCUUUGACCAACGGGCAGAAGGUUGCUUUGCACUACAAAUUGACGAACGGAGAGACCAGCGAACUCAUCGACGAUACGUCCACGCGAGGUCAAGCUGUGGAGAUUACGUUAGGAAGCGGGGAGUUAUUCCCUAAAUUGGAAGCGCAAUUAUUAACGUGCGAAGUUGGAAGUAAAGUGAAACUGACGCUCGAACCGGAAGAUACGUACGGGAACUUUGACGAGAAGAAGAUUCAAAAACAACCGAUUUUACCGGAAGAAAUGGUUCAAGUGAAGGAACAAGUGCAGCCUGGACAAGUCGUGCAGCUCGCACCAAACGUCAUAGCGAAAGUCGUCGAGAUUGGCGAGGACUCUUUGACGUUAGAUUUUAAUCAUCCUUUGGCGGGAUUGAAAUUGACUUUUGAAGUCGACGUAAUCGCGGUAAAAGACGCGCCAACACUUUUCGGAACCCCGAUGGUUAAGUUCACACCUCCAGGUCAGCCGCGAUAA